AUGGCGCCCAUCAUCAUUAUUGGAGCAGGCCUUGUGGGCUUGACUUUAGCACAGGGACUGAAAAAGCAUGGAUUUGAUUUCGAAAUCUACGACAGAGAUAACAGUCUCGAAGAGCGCCCGGCUGGAUGGGGCAUUACAAUGCAUUGGGCACUGCCUGCCCUCGAGUCUUGCCUGCCACCAGAGGUAUUCAGUCAACUUUUGUCCAUUCAAGUGGAUCCCACUGAGGGUGGAAAAGAAAAUGACUCCUAUCGCUUUUUGGACCUUGAGACAGGCCAGGACAAAUACCGCUUUCCCUCAUCGACCCACUAUCGGCUGAACCGCAAAGCUUUUCGCCGACUUCUUAGUACUGGACUUGACAUCCACUGGGGAAAGCGAUUCACAGGAUUCAAUCCUACCGAGUACGGCGUCCAGGUCAAUUUUGAUGAUGGAUAUACAGUAGAGGGCUCAAUGCUUCUUGCUGUGGAUGGCAAGAAUAGUCGCACGAAACGGCUCCUGCUAGGUGAAGAGAAUUACAAGCUGAAUCCUCUGCCCGUUGCAUUUGUGGGAAUCAGCUUACGCUUGUCACCCGAGAAGAUGAAACCAUUUCGGGACAUUCACCCUGUGCUUUGGCAGGGGACGCAUCCAAGAUCUGGGUAUUAUCUCUUCUUCUCGAUGCUGUCGACUCCCCAGAACAACGGGAGUGCCGGGACAGAAGACGAGUUCUACGAGGGUCAAUUCAAUAUGAGCUGGCUUAUCGAUCGAAACGGUCCAUUGCCAAAAUCACCGGCUGACCAACUGGCUCGUGUCAAGCAGGCGGCUGUGAGUGAUACCGGCUUCUUCCCCAGCCUGCGUCAAGCUAUUCUGGAUAUACCAGACGACAGUCCCAUGCUUGAGAUCAAGUUAGAAGACUGGCCUACUCAGGACUGGCCUUCGAUUGGAGGAAGAGUGUCACUCCUCGGUGAUGCGGCUCACACAAUGACAAUGUAUCGAGGCGAAGCGGCUAACCAUGGUAUAUGCGAUGCUGCACGGCUAAGGGAUGAGCUAGUGCUUUGGAGAGAUGGGAAACAAUCUCUAGAGCGAGCAUUCGACAAGUACCAGAUGGAAGUCAAAAGUCGCACUCACGACGCGGUUAUAAUGAGCCGCCACGCCUGUCUCGACUGUCAUGAUCUCAAUUCCCUCAAAGUGGACAGCCCAGUUUUCCAGGUGGUUGGCUUCAACGCACUCGCAAAGCAAGCAAGAGCAUACAUUUAA